AUGAAAAUCCAACUUCUCAGCGAUCUUCAUAUUGAACAUUUCGAAACGUACGAUCAUUUUCAAAACAAGUACAAGAAACUGCACGGACAUAAUUUAUGCGAGAAGGUGUAUGGAGAAGUAUUGGUGUUGGCUGGCGAUAUCGGAAAUGCUUUUCAAAGCAGUUAUUUUGAAUUCUUGAACGACGUUUCCAAAAAGUAUUCUCAUGUGAUGAUUGUUGCUGGAAAUCAUGAAUUUUAUAGCAAUGAAUAUUGGAGUUGUAAUCAACAAAUGAUCAAGGUCUGCUCUCAAUUCAAUAACGUUCAUUUCUUGGAUCGGGCAAGUAUUGAGCUUACUUCAAACAGUGGAGAGAAGAUUUUAUUUUUGGGAUGUGCUUUGUGGUCGCAAGUUCCAGACAAUGCCAAAACCAUGGUUCAAAAGUGCAUGAAUGAUUACCAUUUAAUUAAUAUUAAGGACGACAACAACAGCAAUAUGAGAACACUCACUGUAGACGACACCAAUUACUUUUUCAAUAGAGACUACAAUUUUCUGAAAGAUGCCAUUGAAAAGGAGAGAAAUACUCCUGUCACACAACAACGAAAGAUCAUUGUUGUGACUCAUCAUGCUCCAAUGACCACAGGGGUUUCUUCGCCGUAUUAUGAAAAUACUCAAGAUACAGAGACUCUAUUGAUCAACAGUGCAUUUGCCAGCGAUUUAAGGCAUUUAAUGGGAUCACCUGUAGUGUUAUGGAUUUCAGGUCACACACAUUAUUCUGCCAUUCAACAACAUAAUGGAACACAUAUUGCAAGCAAUCAAUUGGGAUACAUUUCAUUUCAGAGUGAUGAUAACGAUAAUCAUUAUCGGGAAGAUUUGUUUUUUGACACCUUACAAAAUUCUCAAUGA